GUGUCAAUUUUAACGUAUGUUGCGAUUUGAGGCAUAUGUACGUUAAAAUGACAUACGUUGUAAUAUGUUAUAAAUCCUAACAUGCAUUCUAAAAUGAAAAAUUAAGGCAUGUUGCAUUGCGCAUUGAAAGUAAUGCACGUUCAUAGAGUAUGGAGUUUAACGUACAAUUAUGGAUUUCAAUGCUCGUAUGUCCCUGACUAUAGUUACAUCGCGAUGUGUGUUUGCAGCGAUUCAAAAUGUUUUCGUAUAUCGUAUUUUCUUUAAUCAAUCGUCAAAGACAAUUAAUUAUUCAACAUCUUUGGCGGAAAUUUAUACUUACGUAUUAUGUUUGUAAUAAACCAUCAAAUGAGGAAGCAGCAAAUAGUUCUUCAGAACAAGAAGAGGUAGAAGAAUUUGGCAUGGAAAAAAUUCGUAAAUAUUUAACACAAAAGUUAAAACUUUUUGAUUCGUCAAAUUAUGACGAACAAUCACAGCAAAAAGUUCUCCGUGAACUUAGUAUAGAUGGAAUAAUAGAAUAUAUAAAGGAAAAUGAAAACUGUAAAAUCAUUACUAUGGCUGGAGCUGGUAUCUCCACAUCUGCAGGAAUUCCUGAUUUUCGGUCACCAUCAAGUGGUCUCUACCACAAUUUAGGAAAAUAUAAUUUAUCUCAUCCUCAAGUUAUUUUUGAAUUAGAUUUCUUUAUGAAGAAUCCUGAACCAUUUUUUAUGCUUGCAAGGGAAUUGUUACCUGAAGGUUUUAAACCUACACCAUGCCAUUAUUUCAUUCGUCUUUUAUGGGAAAAAGGAUUACUUUUGAGACAUUAUACACAAAAUAUUGAUACAUUAGAAAGAAUGGCUGGCUUACCUCCUGAAAAAUUAGUAGAAGCUCAUGGUACAUUUCAUACUGGUAAAUGUCUUAAAUGUGGAGCAUCAUAUACUCUCCCAUGGAUGAAAGAAAAAGUUAUUGAAGGUAUUGUACCAAAAUGUGAAGAAUGUAAUGAAGGUGUAGUAAAACCUGAUAUAGUGUUUUUUGGAGAAAUGUUACCUGAACGUUUUCAUGUUCUUGCUGAUCGGGAUUUUACUGAAGCAGAUCUUUUGAUAAUUAUGGGAUCAAGUUUGGUUGUUCAACCAUUUGCAUCCUUAGUAGACAGAGUGCGACCUAACUGUCCACGCUUACUGAUCAAUAAAGAUAAAGUAGGUAUGCAGGAUCGUCUAUCGCGCCUUUUGGGAUUACGACAUGGUUUGAUUUUUGAUACACGAAGUUCUCAUGGUGGUCGUGAUGUUGCCUGGUUAGGUGACUGUGAUACUGGUUGUCAAUUAUUAGCUGACAGAUUGGGUUGGGGUGAUGAAUUGAAGGAUCUUAUAAAAAAAGAACAUGAACGUUUAAAUGCAAAAAAUAUCAGUAAGGAUUGAUCCCACUAAUUGCCUUGUUAUAACGUGAAUUUAGCUUUUUAGGUUACUUGGCAUUUAAUUUUGCUGCUAUUUCCUCCAAAAAGAAGAAACUAUUUAGACAAAUAAUA